AUAGAAAAUAUUUUGGGACAAAGAUGGGGGGGGAAGUAAGUUAUACAAAAUAAUAGUCCACUGAGAUUGAAGUGUGAAAGAAUAAAUCCAUUCCUGUGCUACAUCCAGUGCUCUCUGGUACUCCACAUUCUCCAGAUUCAUUAACACUCCUGGAAAUUGCUUUCUGGUACUGCUGAAUUCUCAACCUUUACAUUUCCAUUUUUGUAAGCAGCAUGUGGAAAGACUAGUUUUUCUUUAGUUAGUACAUUCUUUCCUCGGAUAACGUGCAAUAAAGUCCGUUAGAUAGAUGCACAUCCUUUCUUAUAAACAAGUCUAACACUGAACGUUAACGUUUACUGUGUACCUCUUCUGUUUCCCAAAAUUUUGUAACAGCAUAUUUUCACGAAAAUUAUUUUGUUAUUCUUUCAGAUGGUAGAGAAUAUCCACGAAAAUAUCAUUCUUCCCCCAUUCAUACUGAAAAUUCUAAGAUGCCUUAAUGUGGACAUCAUGCAUGCAAUAUUCAUUUUUAAUGGCUAAUCAUGCAAGUAUAUGUGGAAGAGGCCAGAGCUGGGCCAAGAUUUCAAAAGUGAUGUGUUUUAUUCAUAAAGAUGUGCUAGGACUCAGUAAUUACCUAUUAUUAUAGGAAGAUACAAAGAAUAAGAACAGAUUUUUCAAGCUGCUAUCCCUAAUGUAUUUGUCUUUUAUUAAUUAUGAGUGUUUAACUGGGUCAGAUUAUAAAAGGCUGGUUCCAGUUUACAAACUGUCCAAAACGAUCACUAAGAGAGGGUUCAAGUUUGCUUUUGCUUGGGUUUACAUAAACAAGACAAAAAGUGGUGCAAAGAAAUGAUACAUGAGUAAAUGAACACAGCUUUUCCAUGUUUCCUUAGUUCCUUACCAAGCAAUUAGCAAAAUUCGGUAGUGUAUUACUUAGAAGAGUCUUAUGGUUGAUACUUCUAAAACAGAGAAGGAACCAUAUGCACAAUCAAGAGUUUACCAGCUACUUUAGAAGGUAAUUCCUUACUUGCUCAUAGACACCUACUCCUUCAUUCUGUUUUUUUCUUCAACAUUAUAUCACCUCAUGCUUAUAUAUAGAUACAUUCAUUUCCCUUGCAUAUACCCAAUAAAACCUCUUUGCCUUCCUAUGAAAACUGUGAUUUCUUCUAUUGAACUAGAUUUAAAUUAAAAUAUAUGUUGCGUAAAACAAGGGAUGAUUUCAUUGUUGCAUUUGUGCCAAGAAAAAUAAUUUGAAUAUUUUGUUCAUUAAGAUAAACCUAUGCCUUCAAGUUAGUCAUUUUAUGAUUAGAAAUAAUAGCUAUUAUCAGACCAUUUUGGCUAACCUUUUUGGAGGCUAUUAAUUAUUUUCAUUUAUAACUUCUGAGAUAAAAAUAUUUCUAUUUCCACUAUUGUAGGACUUUGUCAAGUGGAUAAAUCUUUAAAAUAACCGUGGGCAGAGUGUAUCAUUAUCAGCUAACAUGACAGUAUGGAGGCGUUAUUCACAUUACUAACAACACAAGUGGAAAGGGAGAAUGGAGAAUUUUUUUUAAACCACUCUUUUAAUUUUCUUCAUGAUGAAGUUAGAGCAUUAAAAAACUAACAAAGAGGUGUUCUAAGGAAAUUCUGAAAUGUGACAAAAGUUAUAUCUAAUUAUAAUUAUGACAAAUAACAUUAAAAAGUCACCCUGUUUAAAAGUAUCAAAAAAUCUAACAUCUAAUGUAAGAUUUCAUUUUCCUAAAUUUAAAAAUCCUUACAUUUAUGAGGGCCUAAAUAUUUUGUGGCCAAUACAUUAAAAAAAUCUUUAAAUGAAACAGCUUUACCAUAAGUUUUAGUGUGGAAUGAUUCCUAUUACUGUCAUUCUUGGUUGGGUUUCGGGGUGAGAAUGAACUAUGUGCCUCAUUUCUUAAUGAACAUUUAUUGAUGCAAAUGAAAAUUAUAUAAAUAUUCUGAAAUGGGAAAAGGAAUAUUUGUUAAAUUCCCAAAUAUAUUUGCUCCUUCAAUUCACAAAUCAUACCUAAUUGAUUACCCAACUUUGGAAUAUUUUAAUAUCAGCCAUUUAAAUUUUAUUGUUAUUGAUAACUAGAUAAUUUUUCUGUUGUCUUAAUGAUGAUGUAUAUGUUUAAUUUCUCAACUGAAAUAAUGUGGGAAAUUACACAAUAAAUUAUUGUGUCAAUUAAAAAGAGGGAAAUACUGGUAAGUGUAAGCAUUUUAAAUAGAGUUAUCUUUGGCUCGUGUCCAAGGGUAAAUGCAUAUUUCUCAUUCUUUAUAGCUUUAGUCAAUGAGCUUAAUUUUGAAUAACUAAAAAUGCUAGUUACUAUGGCAUCAUAUUUCUUUAUAUAGUACCUAUUUUCAUACAAAGAAAAGAAAAAAAGUUUCAGAUUACUUUAAGCUGAGGAUGUCCACAGUUUGUCUUAGUUGAUAAUGGAUAUGAAUUUUCAUAUUUUAUUCUGCCAUGUAAAUCUCAAUGAAGCCCUAUAAGCCCAUCUCAUCCUCACACAGGUUUCCUUUCUGUGUAUGAAAAAGUAAAUCAUUAUUAAGUAAUGCAAGAGAUAGCCAAAUCAGACAGGAACUAUUACAACCAAUUUUUUUGUUACAUAUUUUCAAAGGAAACUUCUACAAGGGGUAAAAAUGGAAUCUUAUACAUUGCUAUUAAUGGGCCUCUAAGGAGAAGGAAGGGUAUAUUUACUGCGUCAUAAUUUUAUUAUGGUGGCACUCCAAAAAUGACCAAAAGGAUUCUUAGGAUAAUUGUAGCUAUCAAAUUACUGAGCUAUGUUAUCUUGUAACUUGAGGCUGAAGACAGUAAGAAAAAUUCAGGAAAUGUAUUUUUAACAUAUACAUACAUAAAAUACUUCAAUAAAAAUGGAUAUAUGAUGAAUCAUAUCCAAGCAAAACAGUUACUUUGAAUCACUGUCUCUGCUAUAUGGUAUUCCUAACUUCUCCAGACACUACUUUGCAAACCAGGGAUAAAGAACAAAAAAAAAAGGUAAACUUUGAAGUGAAUUAUUGGGAUAUGAUUGUGAAUCGUUUUUGCUGCAGGCAACGUGGCAUGAAACAGAGCGUACAAACUGGGAAAAGUAGAGGAGAGAUGAAUUUAUGGAUUAUCUGGAACAUAUAUUCCAAAUCAAUUGUUUUCUAAGUUAUUUCCUGAAAUGGUUUUGUAAGUUCAUUUGAAUCAACAAACAAUAUUUGGAAUUUUCUGGAGUGCUUAUAUCAGGUUUCUGAUUAUAAAAGAAUGUAUACUAUAUUGUUUAAUAAAAAGUAUGUAAUUCAUCAAUAUAUUUAAAUACAACAUUCAGAAAUUUUUAAAUAUCCUCUUAUUGUGAAGUCAAAACUACUGAGUAACAAGAAGUUACUUGCUAUUUUAAGUUUGCUAAAGAAUGAUACUGUGCUUUUGAGCUCAUUAAAAAUAAUAUAUAUUUAUCAGUCAAACAUAGUGAGAUCGAGUAUCAUCAUGCAAUUCAUAUGCUAGAGGCUGAAGCCUGUGUCUUCAGGCCACUACACAUAUAAAAAGCCAAACUGCUCAGCCUUUGAUACAAGUGAAGUGACUUGAUACUCUAAAAAAAUUACCAGCCUCUUGAUGGACAAAAAUAUGAAAUGACAAGGGUAAUUUCAAGUAGCUCCAAGUAAAUUAACCAUAAUAUUUACUAAUAGUAUCAUCUUUGCUAAUAAGAAUUAGGGCAUUAAUAAACACUGGGAAAAUAAAAUGGGCUUCAAAGUUCACCUGUGUAAAUGGAUGAAGGUCACAAGAAAUCAAAAAAGGUUAGACAUAAUAUUGUUUUAAAAGCUUAAUAUACUAGUCAGGAAGUAACUGGGAAAUUCAUUGAACAUCUUUUGUUUUUUAGGGUCAUUCUUUCUGUAGGAAUAUGCAUAUGCUAUAAGUGAAUUAUCACAAUUACUAAAAUUAGUUGUCUAGUAUACAGGCAAAGUUGUCGCCUAAUAUUUUGUCAUUUUUGGAAGCAUCAAUUUCACAAACAUGUCUUUUUUGUUGGCUUAUUUUGUGGUUUACCUUUUUUUCCAAUUCUUAUUUUGGUACAUACACAUAGUAUAAAAUUUGCCAUCUUAACUGUUUUUAAGUGUACAAUUCAGUGGUCUUAAACACAUUAAUGUUGUGCAUCCAUCACCACCAUCUAUCUGCGGAACUCUUUUCAUCUUGGAAAACUGAAACUCUAUCCCAUUAAACUAAAUCUCUAUUCUCCUGUCCCUGCAGCACCUGGCAACUGACAUUCUCCUUUCUGACAUUAUAAUUUUGGCUACUCUGGGUACCUCAUCCUGUGAACUUAUGAAUCAAGGCAUCUUGGCCUUGGUCAGCUCCAUUGGCUGCACGUCAGCAGGAUCCCUCCAGUCUUUGGCAGACGCCAUGCAUAUCCCCCACCUCUUCAUUCAGCGCUCAACAGCUGGGACCCCAAGGAGUGGCUGUGGACUCACCCGGAGCAACAGGAAUGAUGACUACACUCUCUCAGUUCGCCCACCUGUCUACUUGCAUGACGUUAUCCUAAGAGUGGUCACAGAGUAUGCCUGGCAGAAAUUCAUUAUAUUCUAUGAUAGUGAAUAUGAUAUCCGUGGAAUACAGGAGUUCUUGGACAAAGUGUCUCAGCAGGGAAUGGAUGUUGCACUUCAGAAGGUAGAAAACAACAUCAAUAAAAUGAUCACCACUCUCUUUGACACCAUGAGAAUAGAAGAACUGAAUCGCUAUCGAGACACUCUUAGGCGAGCGAUCCUUGUUAUGAAUCCUGCUACAGCCAAAUCCUUCAUUACUGAGGUUGUGGACACUAAUUUGGUUGCUUUUGACUGUCACUGGAUCAUUAUAAAUGAGGAAAUAAACGAUGUGGAUGUACAGGAACUUGUAAGAAGGUCAAUUGGGAGGCUAACGAUUAUUCGGCAGACAUUUCCAGUUCCCCAGAAUAUAAGUCAGCGGUGUUUCCGUGGCAACCAUCGAAUAUCUUCAACAUUGUGUGAUCCAAAGGAUCCAUUUGCUCAGAAUAUGGAGAUUUCCAACCUUUACAUAUAUGACACGGUGCUUCUGCUUGCUAAUGCUUUUCAUAAGAAGCUGGAGGACCGAAAGUGGCACAGCAUGGCAAGUCUGUCAUGUAUCAGAAAGAACUCAAAGCCCUGGCAGGGUGGGCGCUCCAUGUUGGAGACCAUCAAGAAGGGUGGAGUUAGUGGGUUGACUGGAGAGCUAGAAUUUGGAGAAAAUGGAGGCAAUCCCAACGUCCACUUUGAAAUCCUUGGAACCAACUAUGGAGAAGAGCUUGGCAGAGGUGUUCGCAAACUUGGGUGCUGGAAUCCUGUCACAGGUCUGAAUGGGUCACUGACUGACAAGAAAUUGGAGAAUAACAUGCGUGGAGUGGUUCUACGCGUGGUAACUGUUCUGGAAGAACCUUUUGUGAUGGUCUCUGAAAAUGUCUUGGGUAAGCCGAAGAAAUACCAGGGCUUCUCCAUUGAUGUUUUGGAUGCCUUAUCUAACUACCUGGGUUUUAACUAUGAAAUUUAUGUAGCACCGGAUCACAAAUACGGAAGCCCACAAGAAGAUGGGACAUGGAAUGGCUUGGUAGGAGAACUUGUCUUUAAGAGAGCCGACAUAGGGAUUUCUGCUUUAACCAUCACUCCAGAUCGUGAAAAUGUGGUGGACUUUACAACACGUUACAUGGACUACUCAGUGGGGGUACUACUUCGAAGGGCUGAAAAGACAGUGGAUAUGUUUGCCUGUCUUGCACCAUUUGAUCUCUCUCUAUGGGCUUGCAUUGCUGGCACAGUCCUUCUGGUGGGUCUACUGGUCUACCUCUUGAACUGGCUUAAUCCCCCGCGAUUACAAAUGGGAUCAAUGACGUCUACUACUCUCUACAACUCCAUGUGGUUUGUGUAUGGAUCUUUUGUACAACAAGGUGGGGAGGUCCCAUACACGACUCUAGCUACCCGAAUGAUGAUGGGGGCUUGGUGGCUGUUUGCUUUGAUUGUUAUCUCAUCUUACACAGCAAACCUCGCUGCUUUCCUCACUAUUACACGCAUUGAAAGUUCCAUCCAGUCUCUCCAGGAUCUUUCCAAGCAAACAGAAAUCCCUUAUGGCACAGUCCUAGACUCUGCAGUAUAUGAGCAUGUCCGCAUGAAAGGACUGAAUCCUUUUGAGAGGGACAGCAUGUAUUCCCAAAUGUGGCGGAUGAUCAACCGAAGCAAUGGAUCGGAGAACAAUGUUCUGGAGUCCCAAGCAGGCAUUCAAAAGGUAAAAUAUGGAAAUUAUGCUUUCGUAUGGGAUGCAGCUGUAUUGGAAUAUGUGGCUAUCAAUGACCCAGAUUGUUCCUUUUACACCAUUGGAAAUACUGUUGCUGAUCGGGGAUAUGGAAUUGCAUUACAACAUGGCAGUCCUUACCGAGAUGUUUUUUCACAAAGGAUCCUGGAGCUUCAGCAGAAUGGUGACAUGGACAUCCUGAAGCACAAAUGGUGGCCUAAGAAUGGCCAGUGUGACCUGUACUCCUCAGUGGACACAAAGCAGAAAGGAGGCGCCCUGGACAUAAAGAGCUUUGCAGGGGUCUUUUGUAUCCUGGCUGCUGGAAUUGUCCUCUCCUGCUUCAUAGCCAUGCUGGAGACGUGGUGGAACAAGAGGAAAGGCUCCCGGGUUCCAUCAAAAGAGGAUGACAAGGAAAUUGACCUGGAGCACCUCCAUAGACGUGUAAAUAGCUUGUGCACAGAUGACGACAGCCCCCAUAAACAGUUUUCCACCUCGUCAAUUGAUUUGACCCCUCUGGACAUUGACACUUUGCCAACACGACAAGCACUGGAGCAAAUCAGUGAUUUCAGGAACACUCAUAUUACCACAACAACCUUUAUCCCAGAGCAGAUCCAGACUCUUAGCCGCACACUGUCAGCUAAAGCUGCUUCUGGUUUCACUUUUGGCAACGUGCCUGAGCACCGAACUGGCCCUUUUAGGCACAGGGCACCUAAUGGGGGCUUUUUCAGGAGUCCUAUAAAAACAAUGUCAUCUAUUCCUUAUCAACCAACUCCUACCCUGGGGCUCAAUCUGGGUAAUGAUCCAGACCGAGGCACCUCCAUAUGAGCAUCAAACAAAUCUCUUCACUGUUUCUUUUUUAGGACUCCCUUUGCAAGGAGCAACUGUAAUAUUGUGGGACUAACAUGGAUGUAACGUUAAAAAAAAAAAAGAUCACAAUUAUUAGUAACAAUUCUAGUUUUUUCCUCCCACCUUCUCCCUCUCCUCUCUCCUCUAUUAUUUUAUCUCUUUCCCCCUCCCUUCCUGUACAUUUUCCUCCACUUUUUAUCAUUACUCAACUCGUUCCCCAAGAAGGUAGUGUACUAGGAUCCUAUUAGUCUGCUUUUCAUAUACUGUACAUCAAGUAUAGGAAAUGUGCACUGAGUAUACUAAAAGUAUAUGCAGGAUUAAUUUUACAUAAAGGCCUCUUCUGUAACAUUUCUCUAUUUUUAGAAAUACAAUUGCAAUAACUUCAGUCUUUUUACAUUCUUCUGCUGCAUCCAUACAAUGCUCCACUGCUGUUGAGUGUCCUUUAACUGUGGACCAAAGGCAACCCCUGCAGUGUUUAUAAAACAAUUUUAAGACCAUUCAGGCCACAUAAGAUAAGAAUGCAAUUUUGUAGGAUUACAAAAAAGCCAUUAAUAUGCCAGUCAAGACUACAGUUAAAACUACUCUUGCACUGCAACAGUGCAUAUGACCUUUAUGUGAUUGUACAGUAUUAAAAGUUUUUUCUUAUGUACAGUAAACUUUAUCAUAUGGCAGAAGCCUCUAUUGUGUUAAAUAAAUUAGUAUUUCAUAUAUAUACAUAUAUAUGCACCUAUAUAAUGUGUAUAUAUAUAAAAAGGCAGCCAUUACUAUUGCAAUUCAUUUAAUAAAGCUUUAGUUUGAACAAAAGUAUUGUAUACAGGAACUAUGUAUAGUGCAGGGGUUCUUUUCAGUUAGAAAAGGCAGGUUGCUUUAAUGUUAUUCUGACUCGCAUUGUUUGCCAACAGAAAAUAUUUUAUACUUUUGUUAUUAAAACAUCCAGGGCAAUUUAAUAUUUGUUCCUAGAUGUAACUCAUUUGAAUAGGUUUUGCAUUUGUUAUUCAGCAGUGUAUAAAGCUAACCUUGAUCAUUUUACUUUUAAUUAAUUAUCUAAAUGAAAAAUGCUAUUAGCUGAACCACAUCCACAACAGCACAUAGAGCUCUAGAAGAGUUGAAACAUAGAUCAUUGAAGGUUAAAAAUCCUCUUCCAAAGCAGCAAGUCAAUCAAUACAAUAAUGAUAUUUGGGGAGGGGUGGGAGCCCUUAAGAACUAUUGAUGUGGCCUUAAAUUACUGUCAUUUAUUAUCCUAAAGAAGAAAACAUAAUAACCAUAAUGGGCUCUCAACUCAACCCCCUUUUUUAUUUAGUUCUAUUUGGAGGAGUUAUGUAUUUUUUACAUUAGUGCCAAGUAUAUAGAAGGAUGACAGCAAAAACAGUGCCUCUUUGUGCACAACCCUUUUAAAGUAGCAUUCUUACUUGUUAGAAACGUAGAAUGAACUUUGUUUGUAAUCCUUAAAUUAAAAUGUGGUAAGUAGGAAGCAAGAACUUAUUCUGUGUUUUUACGCAGCCAUACACUUACUUUAAUCUAACUCAUUCUGUGGCUAGGAUUGAUAUAGGAAUCAACCUAUGUGAUUUGCUUUAGGAGAAAUUAAAAGGUAUAUUCUUAAGAUAUAUUAUAUUUUGAUGCUAAUUCUGUUCUGGGGAGCAUCUUGUAUUGUCACUGUUUUGUACUAAAUCUUCAAAUAUUGUCUACUGUGUAAGGCAGAAAAAUUUCUUAUCAUGCAAAAACCAUUUUGUUUCCAGGGUAACAAGUAAAUAAGUGCAUGCACAACUUGUUUUCCCUUGUAACAUUCAUGAUCUCAUUUACAACUCUGAUUUUAAAACAAAAAAAUCUUUACAACAAGCUAUAUAGGGACAUACCAGAUGUUGCAGUGAUUUUAGCUAUCAACAAACUGUUAACCAUGUACAAUAUUUAAAAUAGGCUUAUUUUGAUGUAUCGCCUAUUAUACAAACACACAAAACAUUUUUGAAGGCCUCAGUUAUGAGUGACAGAGCUUUCUGUGUAUAAUUUGUCUAAAUAAUUUGUCUAAUAAAAAUGUUUUCUAAACUUGCUCUCAUACUAUUGAAGUCUUAACUGUAAGAUUUGAAAAUGUUUACUCUCUCACAGAUUGAACUAAAUUUUUCUAAAAAUUUAUCCUGAGUUAAUUAAAGCAUAAAUCACAUUAAGUUUCACUGGCAGAACUAUGCUAAAAUGAAUGGCUCUCUAAAACAUUACUAAGUGAUGUCUUAAAUCAAUGAGAGACUGCCUUUCUGCUAUUUGAGACUAUUUGAACCAAUAAUAUAUUUGUUUUUCUCUG